AUGAAGUUUGGUGAAGUAGCAUGGACAGUGGGAGGAGAUGACACUUUCGGCGGAUUUCCUGAACACCUUCGAGCACUCGUUAGCCAUGGCCUUCCAAAAGUCGACGUUCGCGCAAUCACAUAUCCAAAGCUUCAAGAAAAAGUGAUCGAUAUAGAGGUCGAAAACGAGACACCUUCUCCAACCGUCGACCCUUCCGUCCGCACAAUACUUAUUGGUCACUCUAUGGGAGGAAUUGUUGCUGCGGAUACAAUACUGGCAAUCACAUCCGAUAAAGUGAUAGAUUCGAAAGAAAGUACCGAUGCGUUGAACGCCUUUAUGUUUCCAUUCAUUCAAGGCGUUCUCGCAUUCGAUACUCCUUAUUUAGGUAUAUCACCAGGUGUUGUUGCGCAUGGUGCAGAAGGUCAUUAUAAUGCAGCUACAUCGGCUUUCGCGCAGGUGAGUAGUCUGGCAGGGGCAAUAUGGGGAGAGAAGGAGGUAGACAAAACCGUCAAGGAGAAGAAACCAGUCGCAGCACUGCCAGCACCCCCAACUCCUGAAGCACCAGCAUGGAAGAAAUGGGGGACGUUAGCCAUGUAUGCCGGAGCAGCAGGAGCUGUUGCAGCUGGAGGGGCAGCUGCGUACUUCAAAAAGGAUCAGAUUCAAGAAGGAUGGUCAUGGGUGGGAUCACAUCUUGAGUUUGUGGGGUGUUUAAUGAAGGGCGAAGAAUUGAAGAGAAGGGUAGCAGGGAUGGUUACUCUGCACAAGGAGUUAGGGAUUGGUUGGACAAAUUUAUACACAAGGCUGGGCAAGGAGGCAGUGAGCAAAGCUGAUGGGGGCCUGGUGGGGAGUGUGAUUGGGAAUCAGAGAACAUUCUGCAACCUGCCUAAAACCAGUGCUAAGGAUUUUUUCCGAGAGGCUAUCAACGAUGAGGCUGCGGAUGAACCGGACGCACAUAUGACUAUGUUCUUCCCAAAAGACAAUCCAGGAUAUUAUGCUUUAUCUGAGGAAGCGAAGAAAUUGAUAGUGGAGUGGUCGACCAACGAGUGGUAUGAAUCGAGCACAAGAGAACAACCUGCCAAGGGCAUCUAG